AUGAAAGCAACCAUUCAUAAAAUAUCGCCUUUAGUCGGACUCCCCCGAGCAUAUUUAUUCGUGCCAAGAAUCAGCAUACCAUUUCUUUUGCAUAAUAAUGUCUCCAAUGGCAAAAAGGGCCUUUUAUCGAAAGAAUUUCAUGCUGGUCGCGUAUUCAAAUCUGAUCUUUGGUCGAACAAAAGGGAAGAGGAGCUCUUAGUGUCCCAGAGGAAGCAAAGACCGAUCUCUCCGCAUCUAACUGUUUAUGAGCCCGAAAUGAGCUGGUAUCUUUCUUCAUUGCAUCGUAUAUCGGGCGUCUUACUCGCUCUUGGAUUCUACGCUUUCACAAUUACCUUGGGUGUGACGACAAUAAUGGGAAUGGAUACAACCUUUCAGGAUUUAAACGAGUGGUAUCAUGAAAAGCUACCCAAGUGGUCCCAAUGGCUGGUCAAGGGCUCUGCAGGAUAUCUGUUUGCAUUUCACUUUGGUAACGGUAUAAGACACCUCAUCUGGGAUAUGGGUUACGAAUUGACCAAUCGUGGGGUUAUAAAAACCGGAUCGAUCGUUUUGGCCGGCACACUCGUCUUAGGGACCUAUUUGCUAGCUCAGUAA